AUGCUGCAGACAAAAGGAAGAAGCUUUUCCCUUUUCUGUCUCCUGCCCACCAUUCUCCUCCUUUUGGGUGGACUUGCAUCGCACGUCUGGCAGUAUGGAGUCCCUAAAUCUGUGUCACACCUGAUGUCACAACUGGAGCUGCACUGGUUGGAAAGUUUCUGGAUGCCUCAAGAGACAUGCACUUUUGACUGUAGGCUUACUAUUGUUGAGAGUGUCCCUGAGGGCCUCAGCUUCCCUUCCGGCUCGCCACACCUGCAGAACAUUUCAGACACUUGGACUAAUCUGCUAAACAAAGCAAACCGCUCUGUCCACAUUGGUGCUUUCUAUUUCACACUCCGAGAUUCAGAUUUAGGCCUUACGGAGCCCUCGUCUGUGCUGGGCAAAAAAGUGUUCAACCAGCUGAAGCAGCUGGAACCAAAAGGAGUGAAGUUGAAGAUCGCUGUAAACGCCCCUCAGCCGUACAUCGCAGACACAGACGAACUGGUUGCAACAGGGGCUGAGGUCAGGGGAGUUGACCUGCAGAGCAUCACUGGAGGCAUUUUGCACACCAAACUAUGGGUUGUGGAUAAGAAACACAUGUAUUUAGGGAGCGCAAACAUGGAUUGGCGUUCCCUUACCCAGGUGAAAGAAGUUGGAGUGUCUGUGGAAGACUGCAGCUGUCUAGCACAGGACGCCUCACGGAUAUUUGACGUGUACUGGGACGUUGGAGCUCAGAAGAAUGGAUCUCUACCUCCUUUCUGGCCGGGCCGUUUCUCCGCCCUCUCCAGUUCUAAGUACCCAUUAGCUGUUAAAUUCAACGGUGUCCCUGCACGUGUCUAUUUGUCUAGUUCUCCUCCUCCUUUAUCAUCACAUGGCCGUUCUGACGAUCUCUCAAGCAUCCUGUCAGUAAUUGCUGAUGCUGAGCGGUUCAUAUAUGUGUCUGUGAUGGACUACCUUCCCAUGUCCCAGUUCACGGAGCCCAUUCGGUUUUGGCCUGUCAUCGACUCGGCCCUCCGUGAGGCAGCUUGCACGAGAGGUGUUGAGGUGAAGCUGUUGGUCAGUUGUUGGAGUCAUUCUCCUGGUGCCAUGUUUGUUUUCCUCCAGUCUUUAUCGGUCCUCAACAAGCCCCCUCUGAGCUGCAGCAUUCAUGCUAAAGUUUUUGAGGUGCCUUCAACACGAGAGCAGCAGAGGAUCCCGUUUGCACGUGUUAACCAUGCCAAGUACAUGGUGACUGAUCGAGUUGUUUACAUCGGAACUUCCAACUGGUCUGAGAAUUACUUCACCCAGACGGCAGGGGUUGGGCUUGUUGUGAAUCAGACGGGUUCUGCAGUAGGGCAGGGCCAGCAAACCAUUCAGAGCCAGAUGCAGGAGAUUUUCCAGAGGGACUGGCAUUCAGAAUACGCUCAAACCCUCACUGAUGUUCACGCGGAGCACUGCAGCGGAAAAAAGCUUACAUAAUAUACCACGCUCUUUAUUUGUUAUGUUGCUAUGCACUAUGAUUCAAAAAAUAAAAACAUCAGACAUCAAAAACUCAAAACCCUGCGGCAUUCCUGCCUACUGAUAACUUAUUUAUGAUGGAUGUAUUUGCCAAAAGGAUGCUGUGCAUUUUUAAUGUUUGUUAUAAAUAUGGCAUAUAUUAAUUCUUUUUUUUUUCAAGUGCAUUUAUUGUAUAUUUGCAUUAUGUGACAUUUGGCAGAAUAAGGACAAGGUCCUUGAGCAAGCACUGAUCUCUGAUGUUGAACUGGUUAAACAUGCAUGUAAAUGAAGUAUUGUUGUAAUAGGUGCCUUGGCUUUAAUGACUGUAAAGUUUGUUUUCAAAUUAAACUGCCAAGAAAAUG